AUGAUCUGGAAGAAACCCCUCUCGAGUGCACCACCUCGUCUGCAACGCUUGCUAAUUAAGGUGCAAGGAUACAACUUUGACGUACAGUACAAACCAGGGAAAACAAUGACGCUAUCAGAUGCUCUGAGCAGAUUGCCAAACCCGACAAAGAGUGAUGACAUACCCCUAGACGCCAUGUGCAUGGACCUUGUGCAUUUUGGGCAGUCUAAACAAGAGCAACUGCAGAGAGAAACAGCAAGAGACCCUGUACUAAGUGCACUGUGUCAGAUAAUAUACAGUGGCUGGCCAGACUCCGUCAAGGAACUACCUCGAGACCUACAGGUCUACUGGCCAUACAGGGAUGAGCUUGGUAUCUCCUGGGGAAUAAUCUUCAAAGGAAGACAGGUCAUCAUUCCAGACUCACUUCAGACGGAUAUCUUACAACAGCUCCAUACAGGCCAUAUGGGUAUAGAGAAGACAAGACGUCUAGCCAGAGAGUCGGUCUACUGGCCCAACAUCAAUCGUCAUAUUGAUGAACUUGUCAAAGCGUGUUCCUACUGCCAGGAAUCCCAACCCAAAUAG